UCAAUCAGUGUGUGAUCAGAUGUGAUCUGGCACCUGUGUGUGAAACACCCCCCGGAGCCUGUUGCUCAUGUGUGUUGUGGAGCGAUCCGCUUCUUUGCUGUGUGUGACUAUGCGCGCGACUGCACGAUAACGAUCAUGUUUCGCGGCUUUGCGCGGUACUGAUGAUGAAAAGGACGCUUUUUGGAUAGAUACAUUUGUGUGGGUGUGUGUGUUUCUUCAUGUCCACUGGUCUGUCCUCAUCCUCCUCCAGCAUCUGAUGAAGUUUGGGCUCGUUUUAGAUGCACUAUGUGAUGCAUCUGUGAUAUAGUCUCGAGAAGAACACGGAAAGCAAGGUCCUCGUUAUUCGUUUCCGCGAUGUCAAUGAGAAAAGCCACAUUGUCGGAGAAUGAGGUUAAAAACGGAACAUCGAGGAAUGUGCUGGAGCGAUGCGCCUCGGUCAAUGAGUAUUUUGAUAUCGCUUUUAAGGUGAUGUUGCUGGGAGACUCGGCAGUGGGGAAGACCUGCAUCCUGGUGCGCUUUAAAGAUGGUGCCUUUCUGGGAGGCAACUUCAUUGCCACAGUGGGGAUAGACUUUAGGAAUAAGGUGGUGACUGUGGAUAACAUGAAAGUCAAACUCCAGAUGUGGGACACGGCCGGUCAGGAGAGGUUUCGCAGUGUUACUCACGCUUACUACAGAGAUGCUCAGGCUCUACUGCUGCUGUAUGACAUCACCAGGAAGUCCUCCUUCGACAACAUCAGAGCCUGGCUGACUGAAAUCUAUGAGUAUGCACAGAAGGAUGUGGUCAUCAUGUUGCUUGGCAACAAGUCAGAUAUGGCUGCCGAGAGGGUGAUCACACACGAAGAAGGGGAGAAGCUGGCUAAGGAAUAUGGAGUCCCUUUCAUGGAGACAAGUGCCAAGACCGGCGUCAAUGUGGAGCUCGCUUUCCAAGCCAUAGCAAGAGAACUGAAGCACAGAAACAUCCAGCAGCCCCACGAGCCCAAGUUCAAGAUCCACGAUUACAUCGAGUCCCAGAAGCAGAAGUCCAGCUGCUGCGGCAGCGUCAUGUGACCAGCUCCAGACGACAGAUAUUCAUGCACCAAGACGUGUGUGAAGGAGACGUGCUUUGUUUUGAUGUGUCUGAUCCCGAGACCCCUGUUCGCUUUAUAGUCAGGAAUAUACAGCCAAAUACUGCUGAGAUGCAUCAGAGUAAUAGGUUAUAAACUGUAUUAAUCCAGGUGUGUACAGUACCCAGGUGUGUCUGAUUAUUACAGGUACGUUGUUUGUGUAACAUGGUUCCCGGGUUUCUUCUCUGAUGGUUAUAGCUUCUAUCUACACACAGCAGAAAAUAUAUUAGUGUUGUAUUACAUUUUAUGCCACGCAAAUGUGCACAAACUGUGUCGUGUUUUUUUUUACAUGUAUAAGAUUCUUGUAUAUUUGAGUGUCUUGCAGAGUCAGAAGAUCAGCUUAUGUUUACAAUCAGUUUAUAUUGAUGACUUAAAAUCAAUCAUAGCACAGCUUGACCGAGUCAGGCCUGAUUAUGACAUAAAAUCGGUUUCUUUUUGCUCGGCGUACAAGCAUGUCACACUCACACACUCACUGUAUGACUUAGAGAUCGAUGUGAAAUGUGAAUCUGAGUUGUAUCGUACAAUAUUUCGAUUUGUCUCAUCUGUACGCUUUACAUUUUUCGUAGUGAUCACAAAGUGCCAUGAGAAAGUCCAAUGUGACCACAUACGUGUUUUGUGAGAGGGUUUUGUGUGUACUUCUGGUGUUUUACAUGGUUUAGUUCAUAUUUAAAGCCACAGGGGGCAGUAUUACACAUUGAGAAUUACUCAUCAAUAAUAAAGAGCUUAAUGAUUGAAUUGC